UCUUCUACACACACUGGAUACACACUCGCUUUGGACUCACCAUGGGAAUACAACUUGGACGUUUAAGUGAUAUGGCUUCUGCAAACUACCUACAAUCUGAAGAUCAGUUUCUGUGCUCCAUCUGUCUGGAUGUGUUCACUGAUCCUGUGACUACAUCAUGUGGACACAACUUCUGCAAAAACUGCAUCGCUAAACAGUGGAAUAACAAUGACCGGUACCGGUGUCCCCUGUGUAAGGAGGGUUUUACCACAAGACCUGAUUUGAGGGUCAACACUUUGUUCUCUGAGAUGGUCGCUCAGUUCAGACAGUCAGCUCAACAGAAAGCCAGCAGCAGCAGCAGCUCAGUGCAACAAGUGUCCAAACCAGGAGAAGUUCCCUGUGACGUCUGCACUUGAACCAAAC